CGAGCGCUUCCUGUUAGGUCAAAGUUUACCAACCAGCCCAAGAUAAGCGUCUCUUUUCUCCUGUCAAAAUGGAUGUAAAUCAGACCAAACAGGAGCAUUUGCUUGCGUUGAAAGUGAUGCGGUUAACAAAACCAACGCUCUUCACUAACUUGCCAGUGACGUGUGAAGAUCGAGAUUUACCAGGUGACUUGUUUGGUCAGCUCAUGAAGGAGGACCCCUCCACCAUCAAAGGAGCAGAGACAUUAAUGCUGGGAGAGAUGCUCACAUUACCCCAGAACUUUGGAAAUAUUUUUCUCGGUGAGACCUUCUCCAGUUAUAUAAGCGUACAUAAUGACAGCAACCAAGUCGUAAAAGACAUCCUUGUGAAGGCCGACCUACAGACGAGCUCCCAGAGGCUCAACCUAUCCGCCUCAAACUCUGCUGUCGCAGAACUCAAACCUGAAUGCUGCAUUGAUGAUGUCAUUCACCAUGAAGUCAAAGAGAUUGGGACACACAUUUUAGUUUGUGCGGUCAGUUACACCACUCACUACGGGGAGAAGCUCUAUUUUCGGAAAUUCUUUAAAUUCCAGGUUUUGAAGCCGCUGGAUGUAAAGACAAAGUUCUACAACGCAGAGAGUGACCUCAGUUCUGUGACAGACGAAGUGUUUCUGGAAGCUCAGAUCCAGAACAUCACCACCUCACCGAUGUUCAUGGAGAAAGUGUCUCUGGAACCGUCUAUGAUGUACAACGUCACAGAGCUCAACAUAGUCGCGUCUGGGGAUCAAGGAGAAUCCACAUUUGGGAAAAUGUCCUACCUACAGCCCAUGGACACACGGCAGUACUUAUACUGCCUGAAGCCAAAGCCGGAGUACGCAGAGAAGGCCGGCGUCAUCAAGGGAGUGACGGUCAUAGGCAAACUCGACAUCGUUUGGAAGACCAACCUCGGGGAGAGGGGGAGGCUGCAGACCAGUCAGCUUCAGAGAAUGGCUCCAGGGUAUGGUGACAUCAGGCUGUCUUUGGAGACGAUUCCAGAUACCGUAAACCUCGAAGAACCUUUUGAGAUCGUCUGUAAAAUAACCAACUCCAGUGAAAGAACCAUGGACCUGGUGUUGGAAAUGUGCAACACGAUUUCAAUCCACUGGUGUGGUAUCUCAGGGCGACAGCUGGGAAAACUCAGUCCCGGAGCCUCGCUGUUGCUCCCCCUCACAGUCUUCUCCUCCGUUCAGGGCCUGCAGAGCAUUUCUGGGCUGAGACUCACAGACACGUUUCUGAAAAGGACAUACGAAUACGAUGACAUUGCACAAGUGUGUGUAAUCUGUCCUUAUAUGAGCAACGAGUGCUAGACAUUGAGCCUUUUUGCAUUUUAGACAUGAAUGGACCAACUGUGGAAUUCUGCACUUGAUAUUUCACUCUUUUUGCAAGCUGAGAUUAAUGCUUUAUUUUAAAAAAGAUUAGCGAUUAUGUAAACCACUUUCCUUAAAACAUUCAUCAUGUAAAUGUAGAUAUGUGUUAAUAAAGUUACCGAAACAA